CAGCAGCAGCAGAGAGCAGACUCCCCUGGACCCAGCUGUGUCUCCAUGAAGAGUGACUGGUCUAUGGCACAACCUGUUAAGUUUGAAGAUGGAAACCAGUCUAUUGGGAAGAGACCCCAGGAGAGGUCAAAGGUAACCAGUGCUCAGUCUGUACAGCAGCAUCAAUGGAUGGAGAUGAACCAGGAAGAACUGGCCGACACACUGUGGGCCGGAUCUGCUGCUGUCGAGUGCCAACAUAAAAUCAAGUCUCAUUUGAAGAAGAAGUUCAGGUGUGUGUUUGAGGGAAUCGCUAAAGCAGGACAGCGAACAGGGCUGAAUGACUUCUACACAGAGCUCCUCAUCACAGAGAGAGGCAGUGGAGAGGUCAACAAGGAACAUGAGGUCAGACUGAUUGAAACAGCCUCCAGGAAACCAGCUGAGGAAAAACCAAUCAGAUGUGAGGACAUCUUUAAACCCUUACCUGGACAAGAUCAACCAAUCAUGACAAUAAUGACAACUGGAAUGGCCGGCAUUGGUAAAACCAUCUUAACACACAAGUUCACUCUGGACUGGGCUGAGGGCAAAACCAACCAGGACAUACACUUCACAUUUCUCCUCACUUUCAGAGAGCUGAAUUUACUGAAAGGGAAAGAGUUUAGCUUGGUGGAACUUCUUCAUCACUUCUUUAUUGAGACCAAAGAAGCAGGAAUCUGCAGAUUCGACCGGUUCCAAGUUGUCUUCAUCUUGGAUGGACUGGAUGAGUGUCGACUUCCUCUGGACUUCCAGAGAAACCUGAUCUGGACUGAUAUCACAAAGUCCACCUCGGUGGACGUGCUUCUGACAAACCUCAUCAGGGGCGACCUGCUUCCCUCUGCUCGCAUCUGGAUAACCACACGCCCUGCGGCAGCCAAUCAGAUCCCUGCUGAGUGUGUUGACAUGGUGACAGAGGUGAGAGGGUUCACCGACCCACAGAAGGAGGAGUACUUCAGGAAGAGAUUCAAAGACGAGAAGAUGGCCAGCACAAUCAUCUCCCACGUCAAGAAAUCACGAAGCCUCCACAUCAUGUGUCACAUCCCAGUCUUCUGUUGGAUCACUGCUACAGUUCUGGAGGACCUUUUCAAAACAUCCAAGAGAGGAGAAGAGAUGCCCAAAACUGUGACUCAGAUGUACAGCCACUUCCUGAGGGUUCAGUCCAUACAGGGGGACAGGAAGUAUCAUGGGAGAGCUGAAACAGAUCCAGACUGGAGUUCAGAGAGCAGGGCGAUCAUUGUUUCUCUGGGAAAGCUGGCUUUUAACCAGCUGACGAAAGGCAACCUGAUCUUCUACGAGGCAGACCUGGCAGAGUGUGACAUCGAUAUCAGAGCAGCCUCAGUUUACUCAGGCGUGUUCACCCAGAUCUUUAAAGAGGAGUGUGGGCUGUACCAGGACAAGGUGUUCUGCUUCGUCCAUCUGAGCAUCCAGGAGUUUUUGGCUGCCCUUUAUGUCUUUCUGUUCUUCAUCGAUACUGGGGACAAUCUGCUCUCAGAAGAACCACCAACCUCUGUUGAAGAUAAACUCCUCUUCCUCUACAAGUGUGCUGUGGACAAGGCCUUACAGAGUGAGAACGGACACCUGGACUUGUUCCUCCGAUUCCUCCUGGGCCUCUCUAUGGAGACCAAUCAGAUUCUCCUACGAGGUCUGCUUGGAAAAAAAGAUAUUAGAUCACUGAUCAAUUGGCUGAGACAGAGAGGAAGGGGCUCACAGACCAAUCAGAAAACAGUGUCUUACAUCAAGGAGAAGAUAGGUGGAGAACUCUCUACAGAGCAAAGCAUCAACCUGUUCCACUGUCUGAAUGAGCUGAACGACUGUUCUCUAGUGGAGGAGAUCCAACGGUCCCUGACAUCAGGAAGUCUGUUUAAAACACAUCUCUCUCCUGCUCAGUGGUCAGCUCUGGUCUUCAUCUUACUGUCAUCAGAAGAGGAGCUGGACGUGUUUGACCUGAAGAAAUACUCUGCUUCAGAGGAGGAUCUUCUGAGGCUGCUGCCAGUGGUCAAAGCCUCCAAAACAUCUCUGCUGAAUGGCUGUCAGUUGUCAGAGAGAUGCUGUGAAGCUCUGGCCUCAGUUCUCAGCUCCAACUCCUCUAGUCUGAGAGAGCUGGACCUGAGUACCAAUAAUCUGCAGGAUUCAGGAGUGAAGCUGCUCUCUGCUGGACUGGGGAGUCCACACUGUACACUGGAAACUCUCAGGCUGAAUGCCUGUCAUCUGUCAGAGACAUGCUGUGAAGCUCUGGCCUCAGUUCUCAGCUCCAACUCCUCUUGUCUGAGAGAGCUGGACCUGAGUAACAAUGAUCUGAAGGAUUCAGGAGUGAAGCUGCUCUCUGCUGGACUGGGGAGUCCACACUGUACACUGGAAACUCUCAGCUUGUCUGGCUGCCUGGUCACAGAGGAAGGCUGUGCUUCUCUGGCCUCAGCUCUGAGCUCCAACCCCUCCCUUCUGAGAGAGCUGGACCUGAGCUACAAUCACCCAGGAGUCUCUGGAACAGCGCUGCUCUCUGCUGGACUGGAGGAUCCACGCUGGAGACUGGACACUCUCAGUGUGGAGCACGGUGGAGUGUGGAGGCUGAAACCAGCUCUAAAGAAAUAUGCCUGUGAACUCACACUGGACCCAGAGACAGCCUUCAGAUACCACUCUCUGUCUGAGGACAACAGGAAGGUGACGAUGGUUAGAUUGAACCUGUCGUAUCCGGAUCACCCAGAGAUAUUUUACCCCUGGUCCCAGGUGUUGGGUAGAGAGGCUCUGACUGGCCGCUGUUACUGGGAGGUAGAGAGGGAAGGACCUGUUGUUAUAGGAGUGACAUACAGAGGAAUCACAAGGAGAGGAGUGGGUGCUGACUCGCUUGGAAUGAACAACAAGUCCUGGAGUCUCGAGUGUUCUUAUGAUGGUUACUCUGCCUGGUACAACGGUAUACAGACAGCCCUCCCUCCCCCCCCCGCUGGCUCUACCAGAGUAGGAGUGUAUCUGGACCGGCCUGCUGGCUCUCUGUCCUUCUACAGAGUGUCCCCAGGUGGAGCAGGGUCCUCAGACACACUGACACACCUCCACACCUUCCAGGCCUCCUUCACCCAGGAGGACCUCCUCCCGGGGGUUGGGUUAGGGUGGAAGGGUGACUCAGCGUCUCUGUGUAACCCGGCGUUCACACCAAAAGAUGCAAAAAGAUGCCGCGCAGCACGAUCCCAUUCACAGUGAAUGUAGAGACGCGUAGCGGGUUUGCUGCCGGACCACUUGCUGCUGAGAAAACCGGCAGCAAGAUUUGAUUUGCGGCGCGGCAAGAUUUGAUUUGCUCGAGUUGAAAUAUUUGUGUGUGUGUGUGUGUUCGUGUGUGUGUGUGUGUGUGUGUGUGUGUGUGUGUGUGUGUGUGUGUGUGUGUGUGUGUGUGUGUGUGUGUGUGUGUGUGUGUGUGUGUGUGUGUGUCACUGAGCUGAGCCAAAUGCCUUUGGCUUGAUUUGCUGCGCCUGCGCCGCAAAACUUCGGCGACAACGCGUACGGGCAGCAAAUGCAUCUUUUGGUGUGAACGCAGGGUAAGCUAUAGUCUCUCGCUCUCUCUCUCUCUCUCCGAGUCUGAGGACACACAUUAAUACACACGCAUAUAUAAACACACACGCACAUGCAUAUAGUAACACAAACGCAAUUUAAUACACACACAAGCACAUAUAUUACCAAACACAAACGCAUAUAUUAGUACACACACAUGCGCAGACGCAUGCAAACACACAUGCGCGCUCACACACAUGCAUAUAUAAACACAAACACACACAUGCUAUAUGAAUACACAUAUGUACAGACACACACACAUAUUAAGACACACGAACACACAAAUAUAAACACACGCUCGCACGCACACACACACACACAUAAAUACGCUGCGCGGACACACAAAACGUAUACGAGCACACAUGUCACGUAUAUAUGAACUCACACGCAUAUAUGAACACAUGCAAGUAUAUACGAACACACACACGCACGCACGCUCACACACACACACAAACACACACAUACACAAAUUGUUCACACAUGCAUAUGUAAAUGCACACACACACACAUACAUAAACACUCAAAUAUACACACACAUGCAAACAUGCACACACACACACAUGCAGAUAUGAAAACACACACACACACACACAUGCAGAUAUGAAAACACACAAGCAGAUAUGAACACACACACGCAUGCUUGCAUUUGCAAAGGACACACAGACACUCACACAGACUACACACACAUGUAUAUAUAAACACACGCACACUGUGUUUGGGUACUUAAAAUUAAUUUACUCCUGUACGUUUUCUUGGGCUUUUCUUUUUAAGCUCUUCCAUGAGGUUAACUAUGCAGGUUUUACAAAGACUAUAUUUCUAAUUUCAAAUGUAUUUUAAUUAUUGAUUGAUGGUAAAUCUAAACAUGUAUAUACUACAAUACUGUGUAUGUUUUUAUACGGCAGGGCUCAGAUAUCAGUUUAUAUUUGAGCCUUUUUAAGCCUAACAUGGAACCUAACAUGGAACCUGAUUUAAAGCAGAUUUAAUAUUAUAUUCAUAAUGCAAGCGGUCUGGGAAAGGCUGUUGAUCAUGUUGCGAUGGCUUUAAACUGAGUAUUGAUUCCUUGUGUUCUUGUGGGAACAACACAGCAGCAGAAUGUUUAUGAUUAGUAAUGCAAACCUGUUUAUGAUUAGUUAUGUCUGCUGCUUUUAUUGUUUGGGUCCUUGGGUUUAUUGUGUUCAUGUUAGGGACUAUUAUUUUAUUGUUUGAGUCCUUGUGUUUAUUGUGUUCAUGUAAGGGACUCUUUUUCUGUUUGGUUAAUAAAGCAUAAUGUUGAUAAUCAACUCAGAGGAUUCACUGAAUGUUGUCUGUGUUCAGCAGAGGAUCAGUUUACACUUUAAGUUCGGGGUUCACUGAAUAAAAAGCACAACAGCGGCUUUGUCUACCCUAGAAGGUCUGUAGUCUCUGUAGGUCUGUGUUCUCUCGGUAGAAGUUCUGUAGUCUCUGUAGAAGGUCUGUAGUCUCUGUAGGAGGUCUGUAGUCUCUGUAGAAGGUCUGUAGUCUCUGUAGAAGGUCUGUAGUCU